AGUCACAGUCAGUAUCAAACUCGAUCGGUAUCAGGACAGUCCGAUGUGUUUCUGAUCAUGCUCGGACGAUGUGAACUUUAAUUUGAACUCAUGAUCUCACAGAAGAUGGUCGCAGCACACAGCUCGAGCUCCUCUGCAUCUGCUGAGUGGAUCUGCUGUCUGGAUAAGAGACCAGAGGAACGCUCAGGGGAAGAUGUGGACAUUAUUUUGGCCCGUCUGAAAAGUGUGAAGGCCUUUGAAAAGUUCCACCCUUCUCUAUUUCAGCAGAUCUGUCUGUGUGGCUUCUACGAAUGUCUGGAGAAAGGCAUCACCCUGUACAGGCAGGGUGAUAUCGGCACUAACUGGUAUGCUGUCCUGUCUGGGUCUCUGGAUGUCAAAGUGUCUGAGACAGCAAACCAUCAGGAUGCUGUCACCAUCUGUACGCUGGGCAUCGGCACAGCUUUUGGGGAGUCAAUACUGGACAACACUCCACGGCACGCCACCAUCGUCACCCGAGAGUUCAGUGAACUGCUGCGGAUUGAGCAGAGGGACUUCAGGAGCCUGUGGGAGAAGUAUCGUCACUGUAUGGCUGGUCUUCUGGUCCCUCCCUAUGGUGUUAUGGAGAGCGGCCCGAACACUGAUAGAAUGCCUGACAAAGACAACCUGAGCAACAUCUCACCUGGAUCCUCAUUCAAACACUUAAAAAAGGUGCAUUCAGAAAAGAUCUUGCGAGCAGGUAAAGUGUUAAGAAACACCAUCCUGUCCCGAGCGCCUCACAUGAUCAGAGACAGAAAAUACCACCUGAAGUCAUACAGGCAGUGCUGCAUGGGAACGGAGCUUGUUGAUUGGCUGUUGCAGCACACUUCCUGUGUGCACUCUCGUGUUCAGGCGGUGGGCAUGUGGCAGGUGCUGCUGGAGGAGGGAGUUUUAAACCACGUGGAUCAAGAGCUGAGCUUUCAAGAUAAAUAUAUUUUCUAUCGCUUCCUGGAGGACGAAAUGGAGGACGCCCCUCGUCCCAACGAAGAGGAAAAGAAAGAGAGUGACGAAGAGCUGCAGGACUCCCUCCUCCUCCUCUCUCAGAUCGGACCUGACGCCCAUCUGCGGAUGAUCCUGAAGAAACAGCCUGGACAGAGGACAUCAGAUGACUUAGAGAUCAUUUAUGAGGAGCUGCUGCAUAUAAAGGCCUUAUCACAUCUCUCCACUACUGUGAAGAGGGAAUUAUCCGGGGUUUUAAUCUUCGAGUCUCAUGCGAAAGCAGGCACGGUGUUGUUUAAUCAGGGGGAGGAAGGGACGUCUUGGUACAUCAUCCUGAAGGGCUCAGUUAAUGUGGUCAUCUAUGGGAAGGGUGUGGUAUGCACACUUCAUGAGGGAGAUGACUUUGGCAAGCUGGCUCUGGUGAAUGAUGCACCUCGGGCCGCAUCCAUUGUACUGAGAGAAGACAACUGCCACUUCCUCAGGGUUGACAAAGAGGACUUCAACAGGAUCCUCAGGGAUGUGGAGGCAAACACGGUCCGUCUGAAGGAACACGAAGAGGAUGUGUUAGUUUUGGAGAAGAGUAACAGCAGAGGGUCCAGUUCUUCUCCUCUAAAGUACACUGUGAUGUCAGGGACUCCGGAGAAGAUCCUGGAACAUCUUCUGGAGACAAUGAAACUCGAUUCUCAGUUCACAGACUCAGAUCCCGCUAUGGAUGACUUUUUACUUAUGCACGGUGUCUUUGUCCCAAACAGUCAGCUGUGUCCUCUCCUCGUGGCCCACUAUCACGCUCAGGCGUCUCAGGGCAGUGAACAGGAGAGGAUGGAUUACUCUCUCAAUAACAAACGCAGAGUCAUUCGUCUGGUGUUACAGUGGGCUGCCAUUAACACAGACCACCUGCAAGAAGAGGACACCUCCUUUAACUUCCUCCAGGAUUUCUAUGAGACGGUGUGCGUAGACUCCAGACUUAUUCCAGCUCUGAAGGAUCAUCUGCCUGGACUAGAGAAGAUCGUGAAGCAAAAUUCAGAUGACGACAGACCCUUUCGAAAAAAGCACAAAGUCUUACUACGUCAGUUCAGCACGGGCAGCGACAGACUGCUCAAGCGACAGCCAAUCAGGAGCACCGAUGAGAUUCUCUUUAAAGUGUUCUGCAGUGAUCACACCUACACCACAAUAAGAGUGCCUGUUGCCGCGUCUGUCAGAGAGGUCAUCGCCGCGGUAACGGAUAAACUGGGGUCAGGCGAGGAACUUCUGCUCAUCCACCUCGGCUCGGCAGGAGAUAAAGAGGUUCUGAAGUCGUCUGAUGUGUCCAUCUUCUCCUCACUGAGCAUUAACGCUCGUCUGUUCGUCUGCACCAGAGAUCAGCUGGACUCUUUGACUCCUCUGCCGGAGCAGGAGGGUCCGUCUGCAGGGUCCAUGUCCACGUUUGAGCUCAUGAGCUCUAAAGAUCUGGCUCAUCACAUGACGCUGUAUGACUGGGAACUCUUCGACUGUGUACAUGAGCAUGAGUUGAUCUAUCACACGUUCGGGCGGCAGCAUUUUAAGAAGACCACAGCUAAUCUGGAUCUGUUCCUGCGGAGGUUCAAUGAGGUGCAGCUGUGGGUGGUCACAGAGGUUUGUUUGUGUCCCACACUUAGCAAACGUGUCCAGCUUCUCAAGAAGUUCAUCAAGAUCGCAGCGCACUGUAAAGAGUUUAAGAACUUGAACUCAUUCUUUGCCGUUAUCAUGGGUCUGGCAAAUCCAGCCGUCUGUCGACUAAAUCAGACGUGGGAGAAACUGCCGAGCAAGUUUAAGAAGUUUUACGGAGAGUUUGAAAACCUGAUGGAUCCUUCCAGGAAUCACAGAGCGUACCGACUAACAAUGGCCAAGCUAGAACCUCCCAUCAUCCCUUUCAUGCCUUUACUGAUCAAAGAUAUGACAUUCACACACGAGGGUAACAAAACGUUCACUGACAGACUGGUCAACUUUGAGAAGAUGCGAAUGAUCGCGAACACGGUGAGAAUCGUGAGAUACUGCAGAAGUCAGCCAUUUAAUCAAGAAGCACCUCAGGUAGCAGGUAAAAACCAUCAGGACGUGUGGAGCUACGUGCGCCAUAUAAGUGUGAUUGACAACCAGCGUACCCUAUCACAGCUCUCCCACCGGCUUGAGCCGCGCCGGACCUGAGCCGCAUCACUACAGAACUACAGUAUCAGUGCUGCUUUAUGUCCGCCAGUGAAUAAGCUAUAGAUGUAUUAAACAUCCCUGCACAGUAAAGUCUUAACAUGCCUCCUUACGAGUACUUUUCUGGUUUUGACUGCUUGUUUGAAAGUGUGGCUUCAUCUCAGUGUACGGCUUCAUAUCACUCUGCACAAUGUUCUUCUUUCACCUUGCUUCCAGGCUAAAGAAGCUCUCUCUUAGUCCACAAUAUUAUUUCAUAAUCAUCUGUUUUACACACAUUUCUUUAAAUGUAAACAGAAUCGUCUUGUUUAACCUAAAGCUUCUUUUACGGAGUCUAACUCGCUCUGCAUUUUUCUUUCUGAUUGCGUUUUACUUAAGAAGGAGGCGAGGAGGACAUGUUGAUCUGAGACCAAAUGAUUAUAUUUCUUAUAUUCGUUUGUGAAUAUGUUUUGAACUGGAUGUACGUUUUGUUAAGAUAUUUAUAUCGUCUUUGGCAUGAAGUAAAUACAUAUCUAAAUGAAUUGAUAAGAGCACAUUCAGAAGCCUCUCCGUGGCUCGACCGUGAACUUUAUACCUUUCUCUGUGAUGUGUAAAUAAACCUGUAUUAAGAUGCA